UAAAAUAAAUUGUGCAAAGAACCCACUUCUUACUCUUGGCUAUAUUUUCUACAUUACAUCUUUCAAUUAAGGGAAGAAAAUUAAUGGACACAUCUUUCCUUUUGUGUGAAGAAGACCACACUUUCCUCCUUAUGCACAACAAUGAUCACAAUGAAAAUAUUAACAAUUCCAAGUAUGAAGAAAAGGAACAUAUUGAGUAUUUGUUUCAACUUGAAAAAACAGAAUCUAUGUCCUUCAAUUAUUGCUCCAACUCAACCAUAGGCCUUGUCCAUUUCAACAACAUACGUGUUAAUGCCAUUGACCACAUUUUCAAUACAAGGGAAAAACUUGGAUUCAAGCUAUGCACAGCUUAUUUAUCAGUGACAUACUUUGAUCAGUUUCUUUUGAAGCAACACAUACACAUCCAUGAAGACAGGCCUAUUCAACUAUUAUAUGCGGCGUGCUUGUCUCUGGCAGCUAAGAUGACAGAAGAGCGUGAUCUAUCGCUUCUACUUAAAUGCAUAACAGAAAUCGACCAAGAGGGAGGUUUUAUUGUCAAGCAAUGUAUUAGGCAGAUGGAGGUAGAGGUUUUUAGUACAUUGGAAUGGGAAUUGACAACUGUGACUCCUUUUGAUUUUCUGCAUUACUUUGUUUACUUGUUCUGCCCUGAAUCUUCAUCAGAACCAUUAAUCUCACAAGCUGUUGAACAUGUUCUGGAUAUCCUAAAAGAUGUUAAUUUGAUGGAUCUUAGGCCAUCUGUUAUUGCAUUGGCUGCCACAUUGAUGGUAACUUUUGAUGCUACAUUAACAAGAGAGAUCAUGGAUUUGCACAUAGGUGAUAUCUUAUUGCAGCUAAAUUUAGAUACUGUGAGUUUUCCUAGCAGUUCAUUAUCUAGUUUUUGUUUCAUGUGUGUGAUCGUAAAUAAACACAGUUUUAUUAUGCUUUUCAUUUUGUAUUCAACACAGGAAGGUGUGUUUUACUGUUACCAUCUAAUGAAGGAAAAAAGUAAAGAGAAGGGAAAGUUAAACACUUCUGUCUCAACUUUGACUUCCCAAUGGAGCUAUACAUCUGUUCUUGACCAUUCUGUCUCUUCUUCUAUAGCCAGGAGAAAAUUUGGUUUUGACAACAAAGAAAAUUGUCCUAGGCAAAGAUCACAUUGGUCUUAGCUUGCAGAGUUUGUGAUCAAUGAGUAUAGGAAAAGAUCAAUUGGUGUGUUGUAAUGAACUCAACUGUUUGAAAAUUUUCAACCUAGUAUGCGACUUGUAUUUCUGUUAGUAAAAUUCGCGCUAAACAAAUAGAGAUUGACGACGAAGACUAAAAGGAGUCCUACGAAAAAUCAAAUAUCAAUAAAGAAAACAAAAUUUUUGCAGGGAGUCGGAGACUAAAAGCAGAAUCAUCUAUGUUUAUCGGGACGAAAAUCAUAUUUGAGUGUACUAGAAAUAACAAUUUUAGUACACAAAUUUGAUUUUCUAUUCAUGACAAAAUUAAAUUGGUACAUUUCUGCUUCUGAAUGAAAAAUGCUACAAUACUUGGAAGAAUUCUUGUACAAACUCACUUUGAAUCUAACAAUGAUAAGAGAAAUCAUUAUCCACUACAAAAGUUCAG